UGCGCGUGAUGCUAGCGUCUUAUUCAUUCUCCAGCAAGCUGCUUCAUUGAUGCUACAUUUACACACACUUAAAAACAUCGCUUAGCACCGAACCAUAUCUUUAGAGAAGCCUGCUUGAGCGUUCAUCACAGAACACUUUUACCCGAAAAGCCACAAUGAAAACCAAAUUUAUAAACGGGGUUUCUUCUUCGCCCUCCAUGUCGCUGGGCCUGCUGGUCACCGACAGUGUCCUGCAGGUCCAGCCCGACACCCAGGACGACUGGAAGGACCUGACCCGCCCCGACAGCCCCGACCGGGACACACGGACGAUGGCUUACCGCUGGUGUAAAGAGUUCCUCAACGGAACCUGGAGAACCCUGGCAGAGGACGACUUCAACAUCACCAUCAUUAGAGGUGGGCUGAGCAACAAGCUCUUCUUGUGCAGCCUUCCAGACAGUGCGGACACUGUUGGCGAUGAGCCCAGGAGCAUUCUGCUGCGCCUCUACGGGGCCAUCCUGCAGAUGUCCUGUAAUAAGGGAGAAUCCCAACAGUCAAACAAAGACAAUCCCUUUCAAGGGGCAGAGGCCAUGGUGCUGGAGAGUGUGAUGUUUGCCAUUUUGGCGGAGAGGGAACUGGGACCGAAACUCUACGGUAUUUUUCCACAGGGACGACUGGAGCAAUAUCUACCGAGCCGUAAGCUGGACACCUGUGAGCUGAGUGAUCCCAACAUUUCAGCAGAGGUUGCAGAAAAAAUGGCAAAGUUUCAUGCAAUGAGGAUGCCGUUUAACAAGGAACCCACAUGGUUGUUUGGAACCAUGGACAAGUAUUUAGGCCAAGUCAUGAGGCUCAACUUCACUCGAGAGUCUCAACUGCGUCGCUUCAACCGCCUGCUGAGCUACAACCUGCUUCAUGAGAUGGAUUGGCUGAAGGCUCUGCUGGAGUCCACCAAAUCUCCUGUGGUGUUCUGCCACAAUGACUGCCAAGAAGGAAACAUCUUGCUGCUGAACUGCCGUCCUGAGUCAGACAAACAGAAGCUGAUGCUAAUUGACUUUGAGUACAGCAGCUAUAACUAUAGAGGAUUUGAUCUUGGCAACCAUUUCUGUGAAUGGAUGUAUGACUACAACUGUGACCACUUCCCGUUUUUCAAAGUCAAUGUCCAGGCGUAUCCUUCCAAGGCUCAACAGCUCCACUUUAUUGAAAACUACCUGCGUGCGUCUGAUGGAGACUAUGACAACCUGAGUCAAGCCGACCAAAUGAAGAUGAAGGAAGAACUAUACGUGGAGGUCAACAGGUUCUCUCUUGCAUCCCAUUUCUUUUGGGGCCUGUGGUCUAUCAUUCAGGCUCGCCUCUCCACCAUCAAGUUCGGAUAUCUGGAGUACGCCCUGGCCAGGUUCGACGCCUACUUCCAGCAGAAGAAGAUGUGGGCUGUCUAGUGAGGAAGAUGACGAGCACGGCGGUCUUUCUAGCGGAUGAAGAUUAUUGCUUUAUGACGCUCUGCGUUGAGCGUGUUUGCUGGCUGUGGCUGGUGGCGGUGCUAGAAGUCAAUCACUAAUCCGCGUGCUACUGUACAAACGUGAUGCAGCCCAACGUAGUCGACGCCACGCUAGUCUGCGCUUCUGCAUUGCUUGAUUCUAAUCUAACAUACAGUAGGCCGUGUCAGGCAGGUCGAGGGGUGGAUUUCAGUUGGGGCGAGACUGGAAGCUUUAACAUUGCAUCAAUGUAUUGAUCAUUUUGUGGGUAACCCCAACUAUGUAUAUUAUAUAUAGACCUCAGUGGUACUAUCGCACCUCCGGGUUAGUGGGCUUGUUAUACCUAUUAUGUGUGCUAUUAUUAUUCACGCUCUUUUAGUUAAGAUUUGGUAUUCACGCCAGAGAAGGGAUUUUGUUGCAUUUUAUCGAGAUGAGCGUAUAUUUCAUAUUUUCUGGGUCACAUAACCCAACCCAAAUGAACAAAGUCAACCUUUCACGGACAGUAGAUCCCCGCUAGUCACAAAGUCACGUUUACAAGAACCCCCAUAGAUGGUGAAAACCGCAAAUCAUGGAUUUGGAUUUUUGCCUAUCGUUCACAAUCAUUAUUGGAGACAAGAAGACAACUUUUUAUUUUUUUGGGAUUUUACUUUGUCAUAAUUGGCUCGUUCUAGGUGGCUAGCAAUGCAGCUAACGGGACCAAUCAAUUCUACCUCUAAAUCACUUCAAAAAUGCAUCCAAAAACCGUAACCUGUGUAAUAACUAUGCUGUAGCGACAUUGUUAUUGUAAGAGCCAACAACACUCACUCACUCUUUCCCAUGACUGUCAAGUCGUCGGGGGGAUAACUGCGAUGAAGAAGCAGCCAGUCCGUGCCAGUUCCCACGGUCCUUAGUGGCCGUCAAUAGCUCUGCGGUCGACAAGUCCGUCCAUGUCUUGAUGUUGUCCGUCCAGGAUUUCCGUGGUCUUCCUCGCUUCCUUCCACCCUCUAGUGUGCCCUGCAUGAUGGUCUGUGUGGCCUAACCAAGCUAAUUUCCUUCUUUUGACUGUUGUGAGCAGGGGUUCUUGGUGACCAACGAGUCUUUCGACUUCACCUCGCACAUACUCAUUGGUUUUGUGUUCGUGGUAUGUUAUCUUGAGUAUUCUUCCGAGGUGUUUGUUUUCAAAGGCUUGUAUUUUCCGUCCUGAUCCUACCAGGAGUGUCCAGGUCUCGCAUCCAUACAGUAAUAUUGAUGUUAUUAGGGCUUUGCAAAGUUUGAACUUUGUCUUAAAGGCCUACUGAAAUGAGAUGUUCUUAUUUAAACGGGGAUAGCAGAUCCAUUCUAUGUGUCAUACUUGAUCAUUUCGCGAUAUUGCCAUAUUUUUGCUGAAAGGAUUUAGUAGAGAACAUCGACGAUAAAGUUCGCAACUUUUGGUCGCUGAUAAAAAAGCCUUGCCUGUACCGGAAGUAGCGUGACGUAACAGGUUGUGGAGCUCCUCACAUCUGCACAUUGUUUACAAUCAUGGCCACCAGCAGCGAGAGGGAUUCGGACCGAGAAAGCGACGAUUACCCCAUUAAUUUGAGCGAGGAUGAAAGAUUUGUGGAUGAGGAAAGUGAGAGUGAAGGAUUAGAGGGCAGUGGAAGCGAUUCAGAUAGGGAAGAUGCUGUGAGAGGCGGGUGGGACCUGAUAUUCAGCUGGGAAUGACUAAAAAACAGUAAAUAAACACAGGACAUAUACUGUCUAUACUCUAUUAGUCACAACACAACCAGGCUUAUAUUUAAUAUGCCACAAAUUAAUCCCGCAUAAAAAAACACCUCCCCCCUCCCGUCCAUAUAACCCGCCAAUACAAAUCAAACACCCGCACAACACACUCAAUCCCACAGCCCAAAGUACCGUUCACCUCCGCAAAGUUCAUACAGCACAUUUAAUUCCCCAAAGUCACGUACGUGACAUGCACAUAGCGGCACGCACGUACGGGCAAGCGAUCAAAUGUUUGGAAGCCGCAGCUGCGUACUCACGGUACCGCGUCUUCGCAUCCAACUCAAAGUCCUCCUGGUAAGAGUCUCUGUUGUCCCAGUUCUCUACGUGUUUGUGUUGCUGCAGCCGGCCGCUAAUACACCGCUUCCCACCUACAGCUUUCUUCUUUGCUAUCUUCAUUGUUCAUUAAACAAAUUGUAAAAGAUUCAUCAACACAGAUGUCCAGAAUACUGUGGAAUUUUGCGAUGAAAACAGACGACUUAAUAGCUGGCCACAAUGGUGUCCCAAAAUGUCCGCUACAAUCCGUGACGUCACGCGCAAACGUCAUCAUACCGAGACGUUUUCAGCAGGAUAUUUGGCGGGAAAUUUAAAAUUGCACUUUACUAAUCUAACCCGGCCGUAUUGGCAUGUGUUGCAAUGUUAAGAUUUCAUCAUUGAUAUAUAAACUAUCAGACUGCGGUCGGUAGUAGUGGGUUUCAGUUGGCCUUUAAAAUUGCUUUUCCAUAUUUUGCUUAGUUUGGUCAUUGCUGCUGUUGCUGUGGUGAUCCGAAUGCGGAUUUCCGCAUGGCAUGUGGCAUCUUUGGCCAGUGUUGCUCCCAGGUAUUUAAAUCUCGACACUUCCUCCAGUUGUUCCCCAUCCAACAUUAUGUUGGCCCUUGAGAUCUUUGAGGUGUUCACUAGUACCUUUGAUUUGGCUGUUCUGACCUCCAUUCCACAGGCACCAGCUGCUGUGCAUAAUUUGUUUGUAAGGUCCUACAGUUUGGAGUUUUAGCCUGCCAUGAGGUCGAUAUCAUCUGCAAAACGUAGAGAGCGAACAAGGAGGAACUCUUUUUUUCCAGCCUAGUAACACAUCGGCCUGUUUCAGCAAGCUUGCUACGGCAAGAGGUAAGCCAGCUUCCACGUUAGCACCUGAAUUGCUUUUGAGCCUGUAAUGCAAUCUGUACUGACUGAAAAACAUGAACAAUCCAACAGUAUCUGUAAAGUAUUAGCCCACAUUUCAUGUUUCGUUUGUACACAGAUAGCUCGAAAGUCUAUGUAGUUGUAAUAACACGCAUGACGUUCAGCGUGUAUCAUGAUCAAUUUUGACUCACUCAAUGGACAAUUGUUCAUUGAUGUUUUUUACGUUUUUUUUUGGCUAAGCACGUCUAAGUUUUAAGUUUCUGUCUGCUUCAACGUUUCGUCCGUCCUUCAUGCUCGCUUCUAUAAGCAACAGUUUGUCCUCUGUAUACUCAGGUUCAAAAAGAUAUGGUUGUGAAUUAGGGGUGUGGGAAAAAAUCGAUUCGAAUUCGAAUCGCGAUUCUCACUUUGUGCGAUUCAGAAUCGAUUCUCAUUUUUAAAAAAUCGAUGUAUUUUUAUUUUUAUUAUUUAUAAAAAAAAUAUAUAUAUAUUUUUAAAUGAAUCAAUCCAACAAAACAAUACACAGCAAUACCAUAACAAUGCAAUCC